AGGUAUUGGACUUCUUGUCGUGGUUCUUGCAGCUUUAGUGAUCAUGGGCUGUUGGUAUUACAAAAAGCGCAGGGGUUAUAAAAACCUUUUGAGUAAGAACUUUAGAAUGGCCACUAUGAGGACAUCAGAAGGCAAAAGUGCCUUACUGGGCUCCAAGUUGGCUUUGCAGGAGUACAACAGCAACUGCAACCACGUGUUUCCAUUAAUGCAGGUACCUGAUGCUCCACCAGCCUAUGACAAGAUCUCUACCAGCCCAUUGCCACCACCUUAUGCACCAUAAAACAGGAAUGGAGAUAUCAAGUCCCUUUUUAAUAGCAUACAUUGUCUUUAAUUUCUAGCAGUACCUGACAGGGGGAAAUGCAUACAGUUAUGAAUGGUUCCAGAAACCACUGGUGCUUAGGAAAACCCAGCUGUUCCCUAUUAUGCUUAAGACACUGAUGUCACAGGCUUUGCAUCUUUGCUCUACUUUUAUGGAAUUAUUUAACCUAAGAUAUACAGUGUGAAAUUAUAUACCAGGAAAACUACCACACACAAUAAAUAUUGAUG